AUGAAAAUAACUGAAGGAGUAAACAGGAACGACAUUAAUACUGUUUUGUGGAAAAAUAAUUGUUCCAUAGAACCACAUUCGGUGAUAUCGUCAACUAAGAAUAUUGUUAGAAUCACUUAUGAUUCCUACGAAUCUAAAAUAUUUGAGAAUAAAUUUCGUAUCGAAUGGAUAGUAGAUGGUUGUGGUGGAGUGUUAAAUAAAUUGCAAGGAGAAUUUUCAUCACCCGAAUAUCCUAAAUUUUAUAGUUUGAGUACAACUUGUGAAUGGAAUAUUGUCAUCAAUAAUGGACAUAUUGUGGAAAUAACUAUAGAAGAUUUGUGGUUUGAAACUUCAGGAUCUUGUUUAACUGAUUACUUAGCUAUUUACAAUGGAUAUGAUGAUUCAGCCCCGGAAUUGUUAAGAAUAUGCCAUAAACAAACAAGUCCAAUUACUUUGACGUCUAGUGGAAAUGAAGCUUUUGUAAGAUUUGAAUCAUUCGACGAAUCUCAGAGAAAACGUUUCCAAGCUACAUACAGGACGAUUGGAUCGAAAUGUGGUGGAAUGUUUACUGCACCUCAGGGAGUUAUCCAUACUAGCAAUUACCCUCAGAGCUACGAUUCUCACAGUUCUUGUACGUGGAAUAUUGAGAUAGCAAAAAAACAUUUAAUUAAUCUUACAUUCGUCGACUUCAGUACUCAGAGUUCGCCUCUAGGGAAUAAUGAUAUCGUCCUUGUAUAUGAUGAUAAUAUGCAUGGGAAAUUACUCCUCAAUCACUCUGGAAAUAGUGUACCACCACCUGUUAUGUCUUUAUCAAAUAAGCUCCUUAUAUCCUUUGAAGUUGGUAAACAUGAAUUCCAAGCGAAAGGGUUUAAAGCAAUAUAUUCCACGGCAUGCGGAGCAAAAUUAAUAACAAAUGAUUCGGGAAUUAUAACUAACAAUCCAUAUUAUACAAAUGGUGAACUCCAGAACUGUACUUGGACUAUUAUAUCUGACAUCCCUCAAUCGAAAGUCACUUUAACGUUUACUCAUAUAGACAUAGCACAUUUCGCAGAAGAUAUUAAAACAGUAGAAAAGUCAAAUAUAACUGAACGUCCGUGUUCUAACCAUUUAUUUCACACAAUAUUUCGAAUUUUGGAUGGGCCAGAUUCAGAUGCACCUGAAAUAACUAAAUUUUGUAAGUCAAAUCCAAUACCACCGCCUAUUGUCAGUAAUGGACCUGCAAUGCGUAUAGAGUACACAGAUAACUCUGGUGCGUUGGAUUCAUUUACAGCUCUGUACUCUGUAAGAUCAGUAGCAUGUGGUGGAACUUAUGACUCCAUACUAGGAACAAUUUCUUCACCCAACUAUCCAAAUAAUUAUUUUAGAGAUUCAGAAUGUGUUUGGAUAUUAAAGUCCUCCUAUGGAAAUCUUGUGUCUUUGAAUUUCAUUGAUUUUGAAUUAGAAGAUGACGAGUUUUGCAAUGAAGAUUAUGUGGAAGUUAGAGAAGGGGAUUCUAUCGGUCCAGUUUUAGGUAUAUUUUGCGGACCAAAUUUGCCAUCCAAUAUGACUUCGGGUUCGACACUUUGGAUCAAAUUUCGUUCGAAUUCUGUUGGUUCAGCCAAAGGAUUUACUGCAGACUUUAAAUAUGUUUCUGAAAUCUACAAGUCACAGCGAUCAGGCAAAAUCUCUAGUCCAAUGUAUCCCAGACCAUAUAGAGAUAGUGAAGAUUAUUCGUGGACAAUAAUGGUAGAUAAAAAAAAAAAAAUUCAAAUUGUGAUUAAUGACUUUAUUUCCACAUCAGAAAUUCACGAAUUAAAAAUAUACGAUGGAAGUAAUGUCGAAACAUUAAUUUUAUUUGAACUAAGCUCUACAAAAAAUAACAAUUUAGAAUCAAAGAAAACUAUUAUAUCCAGCGAUAACACUGUUUUCAUACGAUUGAAAGCAGGGGAGAAAAAAGUUGGAGGCAUUCGGUUUUUGCUAUCGUGGACACAAAUAGAUGCGCUAUAUUCGAACAAAGUAUAUCCAAUGUUGACAUAUAAUUCUAAUAGUACAAGUUUUGACUAUUAUUUAUCAUCAACCUCUAAUACAAGUGUGACUAUUACAAGUCCUGGAUAUCCUCAUGGUUAUAAACCAAAUCUCAAUGUUACUUGGAUAUUACACACGGAAUCACAUUAUCAUAUUGAUAUUGAACUUAUUGACAUAGAUUUUUAUCCUAUUCGUUCAUCUUUGAUCACGCAUCAUGGAGAUUACCUGAACGUAGAAACUGUUGAUCCUGAUACGGCAAAUACAAUACUUUUGAAAACAGUGUAUGCGAACCCCAAACAAAUAAAUGACACAAGUAUAGUCGGAAAAAAUAAAGUAAUAUUAACGUUCAUAUCAAACAAGUCAUUAAAUGGAACUGGAUUUAAAGUUAAAGCAAAAUUAAAAUGUGGAGGUCAAUUGCGAGGACCAACUGGAGUAAUUAGUUUAUCUGAUGUAUCAAGUCUAUUUGAAUUAUCGCACUCGAAACAACUUCGAUGUACAUGGAAUAUCACUGUACGACCCGGAAGAACAAUUUUAGUGAAACUUAUGAACAUAAAAUUAUCAUCACGUAGUCGAUGUGUUGAUGGUUAUAUUUUGUUGAAAAAUGGAUUUUACGAGGAUUCAUCGUUUAUGGGCAAAGGAAAAUACUGUAAAGUAUCUAAAGAAUCAACAUUAUCUACCACUGAUAAUAUGUUACAAAUCAAUGCUGUUCUAGACGGAGGAUACAAUAUAGUCAAAAUAGCGUUUGAAGAAAAAUCAAUAAACUGUGGUGGAGAAAUUUCUUUGAAUGAUGCAUACAGCAUUACCCAAAUCACAUCUCCUUCAUAUCCAAAUAUACCUCCAGCCCACAUAGAAUGCAUCUGGACAGUAGUUGCACCGUCUGCCACACGGAUAUCUGUAACCAUUGAAGACUUAGAUCUCUCCAUCAGUGAAACAUGUGAAACAGAAUAUUUAGAAUUCAGAGAUGGUGCAGCUCGAUUUUCACGAUUAAUAAGUCAUUUUUGUAACAGUCAGGACAUUCCGAAUACCGAAACUACAGACAGAUUUUUAUACAUUAAAUAUUUCACGGAUUUAACUAUACCGAGUAAUGGUUUUAAAUUGAAUGUAACUAUAGCGAAAUGUGGUGGAACUCGAAGGGCAGACAAAGGUGAAAUUUCGUCACCUAAUUAUCCCGGCUCAUACGAAUCAAACAUGGAUUGUGAGUACAAAAUUAUCGCUGGACCCAACAUGCAAGUUAUAUUAAAAUUUGAGAAGGUGAACCUUAAACGCCGAUAUCCAGGCAUUGGAAUUUUUGGAGAUGUAGUGAACAACGAAACCUCCGACGACUCGUUAACUAUAUUUGACGUAGACCCACUAAACAAAACAAAGGUGAAGAUAUCAACAAUUGUUGGUUCCGAUCUACCAUUAGAUGUUAUCAGAUCAUCUGGUCAAGAAUUAAUUAUUAAAUUCAAAUCAUACUUUACAAACGGACCAUUUCGUAUGAACAACACACAAGCAAAAUUUUUAAUGUCAUAUGAGACUGAAUAUAUAGAUUGUUUUAAAAAUUACUAUGUUGAAAGUGGUGAAAUAAGCAGUCCUCUCUACUCCACGUUGAAUAGUAAAUGGGUUCUUUGCAUUUAUAAGAUUAAGGUACCUAAGGGACGUAGAAUCACUGUAGAAAUAAUCAAAGGAAGAUCGCUCAUUCGAACUUGUGACAGGAAUUCACUACCCGCAGAGGACAUGUUACAUGAGAAAAUCGAAGCUUUUCAAAUAAAAAAUACGAUCUCUCAGACUGUUGUAUGCAUUGACCCUAUUAUUAAUCCUAUAUCAUUGAACUAUAUGUUUGAAUCAAUUGAAAACGAGAUGACACUGGUUUAUGAAAAAGGUAACAUAAAAGGUGAUCCUGAGGGUUUUCGAUUAAAAUUCUCAUCGGACAAACCUUCUAUUUGUGGAGGAAUAAUCGAUGCUAGUAUCAAAGGUAAUUUGGUAUUUCCUAUCAAACAUUUGACCAAGGGUUAUUGCGAAUGGGAUUUAACAAACACUAAUGGAACAAUUGUAAUAUCUACUAAUUUCAAAGUCAAUGAAAGCCAGAUAUCUUGCCAAGAAUAUUAUCUUUUAUUGGCCACUUAUGAUGAUAGUGAAUUAUUAAAAAGAUAUUGUCCAAUGUCGAAUACGAACGACAAGUUUACAAUACUAAGUCCAACGCCCAUGGUUAAGCUUUCGGUGCGAACAAACUUAAGGAAAAUUAACUUCACAGGGAUAAUUGAAUAUAACGUUAAUUCAUGUGGCGGAGUGAUGAAUGGGCAGAAAAUAACAAUAACUAGUACUAAUUAUCCUAAAAAUUAUGGCCAAAAUUUAAAAUGUGCUUGGUAUUUGAAACUUCCUGAAGGUAAUAACGUCGAUGUACGUUUUAAUGAUAUCGACCUCGACUCAUCGUGUGAUAACAAUUAUAUUAUGUUACACGAUGGGCCAAGUCCUGAAAGUCCUGUAUUGGGUAAAUACUGUGGUAACAUUUUGCCGGAAAAUUUAGUAGCUACUUCAAACGAGCUAUGGGUAGUAUUUUCAUCUGAAAAUGGAAAAAGUAACAUGAAAGGGUUCAAUUUAACUUUAGAAUCCCGACAAAAUGGCUGUGGAAAUAUGUAUGCAGCGGAAGAAGGCGAAAUAUCUAGUAGAAAUUAUCCAAACUUAUAUCCAAACAACGAAGAGUGCGAAUGGAUUAUAGCGGUAUUGCCAGGCAACAACGUUGGCUUGCAAUUCGUAGAACGUUUCUAUCUGGAACAAAGUGUAAAUUGUACUAAAGACUAUGUGCAGGUUUUUAAUUUCGUUAAUGAUAUUUGGAUGCCAAUUGGAAGUCGAUUGUGUGGUCGUCAAAUUCCACCACCAUUCAACUCGUCCGAAUCAAAACUCAAAAUUCGUCUGCGAACUGAUAGUGAUAUACAAGGCGAUGGCUUUAAAGCCAGGUGGUCUAGUACAUGUGGUGGAGUUUUCACUGAAAAUUCUGGAAAAAUUUUUUCACCGAACUAUCAAAAACAUUAUCCGAACGACAUAGAAUGCAACUAUACGAUAUCUGUCCCCGGAGAGGAAAUAAAAUUGAUUUUUAAUUCGUUCCAACUGGAAGCAGACCAUGGGUGUCGUUAUGACAGUUUAACAAUAUACAACACCGCAAGCCUGUCGGACAAUCAUACAGGAGAUUUCGUUGGCACGUAUUGCGGGACUAACGUACCACAUUCAAUGACAUUUAUGGAUGGUUUCACGAUGAUAUUCAAGACAGACGCUGAAGGUGCCUACCAUGGAUUCGAAAUACAAUAUCAAGCAGUUCAAAGAUGUGGAGGAGAAAUUGCAAUUCCGGGGAUUAUUAAAUACCCAACGACUAUUAACCCACUGUCUGGCACUUAUGAGUACCCGGAUAACGCAAAUUGCUCUUGGAUUAUACGAGCCCCUCCAGGCCAAGCUGUACAGAUUGUAUUUACUAAAUUUCGCUUGGAACGUUCACCACAUUCUUCUAAUGAAAUAUCAGAAAAAUGUCCAUACGAUUCUGUCGUUGUUUUUGAUGAUUCCUAUCUGACAAGUAAUAACUCUCAAGAUUUUGGUAUCUUUUGUGGAAUUUUGGAUACAGAGUUACCAGAAUUUGUGUCUAAAACGAAUACUGCGUAUGUACAAUUUGUCAGUGAUUCAUCAAGAGGUGGCGAAGGAUUUGAGGCUGAAAUUAAAUUCACUUAUGAUGAAGCUCAUGGUUGUGGAGGUACUAUAAGGUUAAAUCAAUCAAAUAAUAAUUUGUCCAGCUAUACGUUGAAUAAUUCAAACAUUUUAUUGAAAACUGAUUUGGAUUGUGGAUGGAUAAUAUUAGUAAAGCCAUCGUACGUUGUACAAUUUCAAGUGGCAGUUUACACAGAAACACCCAAAUGUUCUUCGAACGCAACAAACUGUGUAUGCAGUUCUAUUCAGAUUUAUGAUGGUCCUGGACGUUCAGCUUUGAAAAUUCGUCAAUUCUGCCCCGGAAAUGUUGACUAUCCUUCAAUAUUAUCAUCUGGUAGUGAAGCUUUUAUUAGAUAUUCAAGCAUUGCGUCGGAUGUAGAUACACGUUUUGAGAUAAAGAUAACAUCAGUGACAUCAAUUUGUGGUCCAAGUGCAUUGAUUGUGAACAACCAAUCACAAUUAUUAACGUCUGUUAAUUAUCCAUUUCCAUAUAAUACGAACGAUUUAAUUUGUACGUGGUAUAUACAAUUAGAAAAUGAAGGCCAAUCUCUUAUGCUACGAUUCACGGAUAUGAAUUUGGCGGACACCAAAGACUGCUCGUCUAAUUAUUUGGAAAUAAAAUACACGCCGUUUUUGGAAUGGUCGUACAAUAUUCUCCGCUUAUGCCACGAAGACCAUGUAUUUGAUUUUGUGAGUAAGCCAUCGAAAAUAUUUACAUUGACGCUACGUACAGUAGUCGACCAAAAAACACCAAAAGGCUUUAGACUCGAGUACAUGGCAACAGGAUGCUCAACAACAUAUACAAAACGCUAUGGGUAUAUUCAUCAUGGAGUUUAUAAACGAAUAUCGAAGGGAGAUGAAUGCAUAUUCACGAUAAACUUAGGUCAAUCAAAUUUAACAAUUUCUUUAUUUAUUACAAGGUUGGUUUUUAUGGGACUACAGGUGCGAUCAUCUUCGUCUAAUUACUUAAAAGUGUAUGAUGGGCCUUCCAUCUCAUCGCCGCAGGUAACCACAUUGAACGGAAUGUAUAAAAUGACUUCUCAUCCCGUAUUUUCAACGGGUCCGUCGUUGACGAUAGCGUAUAAAACAACAGGUGGUUGGAUUGGGUUACUGGAUAUGAGUUACAUAUCUACGGAUCAAGGUAGAGGUUGUGGCGGAAAAAUGUUUUAUAUGGAUGGUACGAUAACGAGUCCAAUGUAUCCCAUGGUGUACAAUAAGAGCUCAACUUGCAGGUGGGAUAUCGCAGUUCCUAGACCAAAUGCAAUCAGGGUUCAGUUUAAAAAGUUCAACAUUGGUGCGCGAAGUACAUGCAACACCGAUUAUUUGGAAAUGUACAACGUUGAACAGUUAACGGGAGAAUCGUCGUUUGUUUCUAAAUACUGUGGUGGAGACAUUCCGGCGGAUUUCACCAGCAAAACGGGAGCAGUUUUCAUUCGCUACGUAACAUCCGUACACAACACCGGCACUGGUUGGGAAUUGCACUUUGAUGGAAAAACCCAUUUUUAA